AUGGCUCCCUCACCAGCUAUAGUAGACGAGAGCGCUGUCUCCUCAUCUGAACCCAUUGUCCACAAAGCACCCAAGCGCAAAUGGGUCAGUUACAUCUGGGAUACCUUCGACAAGUCGCCCGAGGAGCGUCGACUUCUCUUCAAGCUUGACACGGCGAUAUUGACUUUUGCAACUCUCGGAUACUUCAUCAAAUACCUCGACCAAGUGAACAUCAACAAUGCCUUCGUCUCCGGGAUGAAAGAAGACCUCGGGCUAUAUGGCAACCAACUGAACUACAUGCAAGCCUGCUGGACGGUGGGCUAUGUCAUUGGCGAGAUCCCGAGUAACAUGCUUCUCACACGAGUGCGCCCUCGCUACUGGAUUCCCGCCAUGGAGCUCCUCUGGACAAUCCUAACCUUCACACUCUCCCGGGCCAAAACCCCAACGCACUUCUAUGUUCUGCGGUUCUUCAUCGCCCAGCUAACCCACACGGAAUGGCAAAAAGGACUAGCCGAAAGCUCCUUCUAUCCCGGGAUGCAAUACAUAAUCGGCUGCUGGUACCGCAAGGACGAGCUCGCGAAGCGAUCAUGCAUCUUUCACACGAGCAGCGGGAUCGGGAGUAUGUUCUCGGGGUACCUGAUGGCGGGGGUGUAUCGGCUGGGCGGGAGGGGCGGGUUUAAGGGGUGGCAGUGGCUAUUCCUCGUCGACGGGAUCAUCUCCCUCCCCGUCGCGCUGAGCGGGUUUUUUGUCUUGCCGGACGUGCCGGAGAUCUCGGAGCCGUGGUAUUUGUCUCGCGAGGAGGUGAAACUCGCGCAGAAACGGAUGCAGCUCGAAGGCCGCCAGAACCGGCAGCCCUACACCAAGGCCAAGCUGAAGAAGAUCUUUGGCUCGUGGCAUAUUUAUAUGCUGACUUUGGUUUACAUCACGUUCAACAACGGGGCAGCGGGCGCGCAGCCUGUUUUCCAGCAAUUUCUUAAAGCCUCCACGCGCCCCAAGUACACGAUCGACCAGAUCAACGCCUACCCGACGCUCACCUCGGCGGUGCAGGUGGUCACCACCCUAAUCUACGCGUGGACCAGCGAUACCAUCCUCCGCGGCAAACGCUGGCCGUGGAUUAUUUUCGGCGGAUGCAUAAACAUAACCUGCUACAUCUCCCUCGCGAUCUGGGAUAUCCCCGUAGGCUGGAAAUGGACUUGCUACAUCCUGUCCGGCGCGGGGUUCGGGCUGAGUGGGUUGUGUAUGGCCUGGGCCCACGAGAUCUGCACGGCCGACAACGAGGAGCGCGCCCUCGUGGUCGGGAGCAUGAACGAGAUGGCCUACGUGUUCCAGGCGUGGCUGCCCCUCGUCGUGUGGCAGCAGGUCGAUGCGCCGCGGUACCGGAGCGGAUUUGUGGCGGCCACGGUUAUCUCGGGGUUGUUGAUUGUGGUGACGGUCGCCACGGCGUGGUUGCAGGGGUGGGAGGAGAGGUGA